AAAAUUAAAUUUUUGUAAUCAUACUUACAUACUCAGUUCGGAAUGUUGAAAAUGGAAGUGUUUAAACGAGUUUUUAAUCCUUCAAGUAACUUUUAAAAAAUCGUACUCUUCUUUAAAAUCUCUUCCCAAAUUGUUAUGGGAGCAACUGGGACUGGCAAAUCAAGAUUGCCGAUUGAUCUUGCCAGCGGAUUUCGAGUAUCCGAAAUUAACUCGGAUAAAAUCCAAGUUCACGAAGGGCAUGCUGUUCUUGUUAACCAGUUUAAUCCGGAGAAAUAUGUUUUCAAUGGAUCAUUAAAAGACCCGGGUCCGACGUGGUUAAGAGACAAGUAUUAUUUUCCGGGUGUGGAUGUGUCGGUACUCGUUCUAGCCGAUUACUUAUGCAAGCGAGAAGAUUCCGUUCUCAUUCAGCUUAGAACUGAUGCUGGAGGCAUACAAGAGAUUGUUGAGCACAGUGUUACAGGACUUCCUCAUCUUCAGGGCCAUCCAAGAACACAUGUUGCUCAAAAUCUUCAAUAUUUGCUCAAAAAUCCAUCUGUAUUGGUUCCAUGCUUAGGUGCUCUUAACAUCUCACCAGUGCUGCCAAAGACCCCAGUUAAAAUUAAGGUAAGCCAUGAUCCGCUAGCCGGCUCUAGAGAUUAUCUUAUGGGAAACAGACCUCUACUAGUCCCGAUGCAGGAAAUAUUCAAUGCAAUGUUGAUGGAUCCAGCCCACCCGAAUGGUGUAUGGAUCAUUUCAAUUGGUUAUCCAGGUUCUGAGAUCAUUUAUAUUAGUGAAUUACAAGAACCGACAUCUUUGGAUGAUUGCUAUUGGGAGAUAUCAAAUCACUGGUGCACGCGUCAUGGGAUAUUCCCAACGAACCCCCAGUAUGCUGCUUCUACAGCUUGGCAGGGUUAUGGGGAUUACCCCUGGCCUGGCAGACUGACCAUAGAAUUUUUCUAUGACAUUGGGCUAGGUCAAGGCCAUGGUCUCUAUUUUUGCCCGCCAACCCACAGUCAAUGGUCGACAUUCAGGGGUGUCCUGAUUACUGAACCACGUGAGUUCGUGGGUUGGAGAAUGAUUGAAGAUAUUCCUCCAGGACUAGCUGUGCUUGAUCCUAUUGUUUACCUUCAGCAGAGAUUACUUCAAUCUAGUGCUGAUGGAGAGGUUUUUAAUUAAAGCAGGAAGAAUGAUUUACUCAUUAAUGCUAUUCAUGGCACAAAUCUCAAUUCCUCUUCCACUUUAUUUAGAAGGCAUUUGACGUUGUAGCUAUGGGGUAGAUAGUGUUUGGACAACCCCAUUUGUUAGAUGAAUGGUCCUUUUUUUUUUUUCAGUUAAAGAAUUUAGGAAAGGUGGUGUAACAUAAUGGACUCCCUGUCAAAGCAUUGGCGUAAUAGGCUCUUUUGAAAAGAUUUCUUCUUUCUCCUGCUUCAAGGAGCAAGUCUUGGACAAUUUGGCCAAAAUGAGCUUACUUUUUUUGACUUAAAAUUUUCAUUUUUUCAUUUCUAUUUUUCUAUAUUUGCAUUUA